UACCACCCAGAAGACUUAACUCUGUCUUCUAGCAUGGGGACCCUCUGGCACUUACAAUACACUUUGAUUUUAUUCUGUAUUUCGGUGCUAAAUACCACAGGGAUCAAGCAAAGACCAAAUGGUGGCUUGAGAACAUGGGAUUCUGAAACAGCUUACCUCACCAGAUGUGAUUUUAACAACAACUCAAGACCAUUUUGUGACUGGACCCAACCUUGCAAUGCCGACCAGGGAAUGUGGAUACGAACCAAGCAUGACACUCCGACUGAUGGAACAGGUCCUGCUGGAGACUAUCCUGAUGGAAAAGGCUAUUUCAUCUACCAAGAAGCAAGUAAUCUGAUCCCAUUCGACACUAACAGGCUUGAGAGCCCAGAUACUGUAGUUUCUGAAAAAAUAUGCAUAGACUUCUGGUACUAUAUGUUUGGGUCAGAAGACAUGAAUGAGCUGAGAGUGCUUAUCCAAGACAGCACAGGCGAGUCUGUGGUGUGGAGUCGGAAGGGAAACCAGAGUUCCUUGUGGAACUAUGGUGCCAUCACUCAUACUUUUCCAACACAAAGAAAGAUAAAGGUAAUUUUUGAGGCUGUCCGAGGACUGACAGAGUAUGGGGAUACAGCACUGGACAAUGUUAGAGUAAGGGAUGGAUCCUGUGAAGCUGUCCCCACCCCUGUACCACCAACACCUACACCAACACCAACAGAAUCUACACCGCCUCCAGUGAUAGAAGCAAUUUGCAGUAUAUACGGGGAUCCUCACUAUUACACAUUUGACAAGCAGCGUCACGACUUUAUGGGUACCUGCACCUACACCCUCUCCAAGCUGUGUGAGAGCAACAGCUCACUGCCCUAUUUCAACGUGGAAGCAGCCAAUGAGCACAGGGGAAGCAACACUCGUGUGUCCUAUGUCCGAUAUGUGGACAUCGAUGUGUAUGGCUACAGGAUCAAUCUGGGUAAAAACAGAGUUGUUAAGCUUGAUGGAGUCAGCCAGGUGCUCCCUCUGACCUUGGCGCAGGGUGUCAGUAUUUCCUUCAGUGGGCAGUAUGUUGUGGUUACUACUGACUUUGGGCUGAAUAUCAAGUUUGAUGGAAAUCACAGAGUAGAAAUCACUCUUCCCAGUACCUAUAUGUCUAAAGUCUGUGGAAUAUGUGGAAAUUAUAAUGGGAACAAAGCAGAUGACUUUCUUAACCCAGAUGGAGAGAUGGAAACAAACUCGGCCAGCCUUGGCAACAGUUGGCAGGUUCACAAUGACUCCAGGUGCUUGCCAGACCAUGGCCAUACUCCAAAUUGCACUGCUGAUGAAAAACAUAUGAUCCAAAGCAAUGAAUACUGUGGUCUGAUCACAGAUCCCAAUGGUCCAUUCCGGAACUGCCACUCAGUAGUUGAUCCACAAAGUUAUUCUGAAGCCUGCCAGUAUGAUCUCUGUGAACUUCAUUUGAACAAUGCAGCCCUCUGUCAAAACCUGCAGGCUUAUGCAGAUGUGUGCCAAGCUGCAGGAGUCCAGCUGACACCAUGGAGAAAUGCAACCUUCUGCCCACUAGACUGCUCUGCCAACAGUCACUAUGAGCCCUGCGCUGCAGCCUGCCCUGCCACCUGUGUUGACCCAAUAGCACCCUACAACUGCAGCCUGCCGUGCGUGGAGGGCUGUGUGUGCGACAGCGGGUACCUGCUCUACAAUGACCGAUGCGUGCCCAGCCAGCAGUGCGGGUGCUGGCACAACGGGCAGCACUACCCCGUGGGCUCAGAGUUCUGGACGGACAACACCUGCUCCUCCAAGUGCACGUGUCCCGCGCGGGGAAGCAAAGUCCAGUGCUCCGAUGCCUCGUGCCCUGCGGGCCAGUACUGCGGGGUGCAGGACGGAAAACCUGAGUGCCUCGAACAAUCCUACGGCAUCUGCCACGUCCACAGUGACCCUCACUACAACACCUUUGACAAGGUGACGCACCACUUCAUGGGCAACUGCGCCUACACCCUGGCCAAAGUGUGCUCCAACACCACCUCCCUGCCCUACUUCAACGUUGAGGCCAAGAACGAGCAUCGUGGGAACACCAGAGUGUCCUAUGUGCGCGAAGUCCUGGUUGAGGUGUACGGCGUGCGCAUUGCCAUUGUCAAGAGGGAGAAGAGCCAAGUGCUGGUGAACAACCUGCGCCAGACCUUGCCGGUGAGCGCAGCAGGAGGUGCCAUCACGGUGAGCAGGAGCGGCCGCUACGUCGUCCUGGAGACAGACUUCAGCCUCAGAGUGUCCUACGACGCUGACCACUCGGUGGAGGUGAAGGUGCCCACCGCCUACUUCAACCUGACCUGUGGCAUGUGCGGGAACUUCAACAACCGGAGAGAGGACGAUUACAUGAUGCCCAACGGGCAGCAAGCGGCAGACUCCAAUGCGCUGGGGGAGAGCUGGCGGGUCCCAGACAAUGACUCCUCUUGCGGUGUCCCCGUCGCCCCCAGACCCUGCAGUGAGGAAGAGGAGAAGCUCUACCGAUCGGACCAGUUCUGCGGCAUGCUGACUGCCAGGCCUGGCUCUUUUGAGAGGUGCCACGCUGUGGUCAACCCCCAGAGCUACUUUGACACCUGCUUCUAUGACCUUUGUGCCCUGAAUGGUGGCCAGGAGUUCCUGUGUGCUGCUCUGGAGGCCUACGCUGACGCAUGCCAGGCAGCCGGCGUGACUCUUCUUCCCUGGAGGAACGCCACCUUCUGCCCUGUUGCAUGCCCUCCCAAUAGUCGUUACAAUCCAUGCACCAGUGCUUGUCCAGGAACCUGCACUGACCCUCUUGCAUCAAAGAACUGCAGCAGACCUUGUUUAGAAGGAUGUGAAUGCAACAAUGGUUUUGUCAUCAGCGGGGGACAAUGUGUGUCCAUGAGUGACUGUGGUUGCCUUCAGAAUGGCAAAUAUUAUGAGGUGAAUGGAGUUCAGGUUUAUCUUCCUGUGGAUUUGAACCAUGGAGCCAGAGUAGCUAUAAAAGGACACUAUGUGGUCGUUGAUACCUCUCUAGGGAUCCAGGUUAAGUUUGAUGGUGACCAGGAGCUUUUCAUUCUGGUUGAUGAAAGUCUCAAAGGACAGCUGUGUGGUCUGUGUGGGACAUUCAAUGACAACCAACUGGAUGAUUUUCUAAAACCAGAUAAAGUUCUAGAACAGGAUCCAAAUAAAUUUGGUGACAGCUGGCUAGUGAAGGAUGACAACAGGACGUGUAAUCCAGUUGCAGUUGUACCACCCACUUGUGACAUGCUGUACUUUGAGAGCUGUGUCUAUGACCUGUGUGCCACAGAGGGGAAUUAUAAUCAGUUUUGCAAGAUUUUAGAGGCCUACGCUGCUGCCUGUGAACUUGGAGGUGUAAAUCUGGGUGAAUGGAGGAAAGAUACCAUCUGCACUGCACCAACAGCCUGCAAUAUGUCCUGCACGUUUGAUGUCGACUUCUGUGAGUGGGAACAGGCAACCAGUGACGACUUUGACUGGAUAAGGCACAAGGGGCCGACACCCACACCAAAUACCGGCCCUUCCCAUGACCACACGACUGGAGACGGCUACUAUAUCUAUCUGCAAGGGAGCAAUGCCCUCCCCGGCUUUGUGGCUCAUCUGGUCAGCCCAGUGUGCAGUUCAGAAGGACCGCACUGCUUCCGCUUCUGGUAUCACAUGUACGGAGCAGCUGAAACAAUGGCCCUGCGCGUGUACAUAGUUCAAAAUGAAACAUCAACACUGGAAUGGAGAGAUGCUGGAAGCAAAGGGGACAGAUGGAACUUGGGAGAGAUCACGGUGCACAGCACAGGAAACAUGCAG